AAGAUGGCAGCUAACUCUGCGAAGCCAGUCUGCAGCCGAUCCCGACACAAAAGUGGACAAGCUUACUACACACCGACAUCCUAAUGGUGACAACAUGAAGAUGAAAUCUGCCAAGUCUUUGCUCAACAAAGCAAAGAGAGGAGCGAAUCAACGCGAUGUGGUCAAAGUUAAAACUGAGUAUGACUCAGAGCUGGAGGGUGGAGAGGAGGAAGGCUCAUGUGAGGUGCACACCAACGGAGGUGGUCUCAACAUCCAGAUCAAGGAGGAACCUCACGCACAGGAGAUUAGUGAGGAGCACAAUGGAGGCUCAUUAAGCUGUUUAGACACUAAGCCGGACACUUUGGCGUGCAGGUCAGAUGUUCACCAUCAACAGGGACUCAUUAAGGACGAGUGUGACUCUGACCAUCAGUCAGAGUAUGAUUUCACUGAAGCUGCUGUCAAGGAGGAGUCAGAGUCGUGGAUUAAAGAGGAGGGAGACAGUAAAGAGGAGGAGGAGGAGACAGACAACAUCCAGGAGGAUUAUGGAGAAGGAGAGGAGCUCUGCACAGAGUCGUCAUCUGACUUCUAUCCAUGUCCUCACUGCACUGUCUCCUUCACUGACUUGGACUUCUUGGAGAAGCAUGUCAAGUGGGUCCAUCAGAAACAGUAUCUUGCCAAGCUGAAAAGUUGCCUCUCAAGCCGCACACUAAACCUCAUCCCUAAACACACCUGCACUGUCUGCAGCAGCACCUUUAACUCUAAAGUACACCUUAGGGUCCAUGUUCGUGAAGUCCACCCUUCUGCGCCUCCCCGCAGACUUCACCCCUGUCCAACAUGUGCACGCAGCUUCCAGUACCUGAAGAAUCUGAAGAAUCACUGUCAGCGCUGGCACAACAUGUCAGUGUCUACCAGAGGAGGGCAUCUCAGCUGUGCCGACUGUGGGAAGAGUUUCAAAGCUACCUGGGGGCAAGGGCCUCAUCUGUGUCAUGAACCGCACAGCACGGAAUCUGAGGAUAAGCCCAUCUGUCUGGACACUGGUGUGCAGUGUCAAGAGUGUGGCAAGAAGAUGGGCACACCUCAAAGCCUGGAGGAUCACAUGCGCACCCACACAGGUGACCGGCCGUUUGUCUGCAAGGACUGUGGCAGGAGGUUUGUGGAGCGCAGCGGUUGGCGGCAGCACAUGAAAAUACACACGGGGGAGAAGCCAUACAAAUGUCAGAUUUGUGGCAAGGCCUUUUUAAGAUCGCACCACCUCAAGUGCCACUUAACCACACACUCCGGCAAGAAGGAAUAUUCUUGCUCUGAGUGUGGAAAGGAGUUUGGGUUCAAGUCAAGUCUGGAUCUCCACGUGAGGACGCACUCCAGUGAGAAACCCUACCACUGCAAUGUGUGCGGGAAGAGCUUUAACACCUCAAGAAACCUGAGGGUUCACUCCAAAGUCCACAACACUGACAAAGCUCACCAGUGUGGGGACUGUGGGCUGAAGAUCGGAGAUCUCGGGGCUUUAAAAAUACACUUGCGGACACACACCGGAGAAAGGCCUUACCACUGCACAGUCUGCGGCAACAGGUUCAUUCGUCUUGCACAUCUGCGAAACCACCAACGCACCCACACUGGUGAGAGACCCUACAAAUGCACUGAAUGUGACAAGAGCUUCACUCAGUCUGGCGACCUGGUGAAGCAUAAGAGGAUACACUCUGGGGAAAAGCCCUUUGAAUGUCCAGACUGCCACAAUCGUUACACCUCCUCUGGUGAUCUGGGCAAGCACAGGAGGAGUCACACUAACCUGCGUCCCUACACAUGUCAAGAAUGUGGGAAAAGCUUUCGCUUGUCAGGCCAUUUAAAAACUCACAUGUUAACUCACACGGGUGAGAAGCCAUAUUCCUGCCCCAACUGCCUUCGCAGGUUUGCUCGCUCUCACCAUCUUUCUGGGCACGUGGCUAAAUGUCGCUGAGCUUUUCAUGAGAGGACUGUAAAUAAGCUAGGCUGACGUGAAGCGGUAACUAUAGAAGCUGCAUCCAGGCUUCUACUAGUUUUUUCAUGAAUGUGUUUAAGUCAAAACUCAUAUCUAUAUAUAUAUAUAUAUAUAUAUAUGACUAUUUAUAUGAACUUUCUGUAACACUCUUGACUCAGAUGACUGUUUUAACUUAUGAAAAGUGAAUUGAACACAUGACGAGUUUGUUAUUGCAUGAAACUCUUUUUUAAGCACUAUCCCGGGCCUUGUAUGAUUUUUGUGCAGGGUAGGUCUAAACUGGUGGCAGAACACUAUUAUAAUGGACACUUGAGGGUAUGUUGUGAGGCACAGUUGAGCAAACUUACAGAUAAUGAAUUUUUUCCCCCCUCCACAGGUCAGUGCUGUAUUAUUUGUAAAAAUGUAAUAAAUUAUACGCUGAGUG